AUGCCAUCGUUCUGGAACGUAGGCGCAAUCUUUUUCGGUCUUUUGGCAGGACUCUCUCAGGCCAAUCUUCUUGGUGACACUCAUAUGCUCAAGAGGUAUCCUCAAGCCGUUGAGGUACCAUCAGCUGCCACACAUUUUCCCAGCACUAUUCUACCCGGUAAUGGUAGCGCUGUUGGUACUUCCACUCGCGUCCUCCUCCCAACUUCAACGCGUCAACUAAUUUAUGCCACUACGCUUCACUCUCUUCACUCUCGGGAGAGUACUGGCGUCAGUACUGGAACCGGUACAGAUGGAAACGUUGGUGAUGGUGCCUCUGAGCCUCCAGUCAUACAACUGGGAGCAUCUCUGUCUUGUCGUCCGACGGCGGCGGCACUUCUGUUACUUCUAUUGAAGUCGACUGGACCGGGUUACUUCCUGUCACUUCAUCAGUUACCCAAUCUUUCUGCGAAACUACACACCAGCCAACUGGAGAAGACCCAGCUGCCACUGAGCCAUCCACUGGCACCACGUCUGAUCCUGAUACCUCUUUCGACGACGGUAGCGGUAGGGCCACUGAACCAAGUACUACAGAUAUUUCACUUCAUCCAACAUCAGUGA